UAUACUGAAGCCAAGUUUAAUGAAUUGUUCGCAGAGUGUUGUUUCGUGUUUGGUGUCUGUGGCGGAGUUGGUGCCUCGUACUAAUAUUACAGGCUUACAAGCGCCUUUAGGUUUGUUCCAACUUCCUAUCAUGCAAGAUUGGUGCUUCAGAUACGGUUGUGGAUCAGUAAAAGAUAAAAGAUUAUGUGGCAUGACUUUUACACUGUUUUUCAACCCUGCCUGUGAAGGAAGGUAUAAUAACUUGCUGGCUUAUGGUGCCAGGAUAUCAAAAUUCAAACAUGUGGAGCUCUCUGUUACGUUAUAAAUGGUGUGCCCUUUGUGGUGAGGAAGAUCAGGAAUUGUGUAGACUUGUGUAAUUUUCGAACCUGUUGAUGACAUUUGUUUGUUUGUAGUAACUGUUGAUUUCUUCCUUCUCCUGGGCGAAGAAGCACUUUCACAGUCACAUUUUUGUACUCACGUAUACUUCAGCUGUGUCAACUGUUGCAUCAUUUGGGGUACUUGUUUGUACAUAACAUAAGUUCAAAGCUUGUACAGGUUUUGUAAUUGUGACUGGCAAAGAUAGAUGGACAUUGCUGCUAAUGAUCUUGUAUGAUGACAUGGAAUAAACGUAACACUAUAAUGUUCUUAAAAACCUUACAUGAACAUAGCAUUUAC